AUGUCUAACUAUCGACAAUGCCCGUACGAUCCACUGCAUAAAAUCGCGGCAAAAACGUUUGCAUUGCAUCUCGUCAAGUGCAAGCGCCAGCAUCCGGAUAUAAAACUCGUGUCAUGCCAUUUCGAUACUUCCCACCUAGUGAAGCAGGAAAAGCUGAGGGACCACAUGAAGACUUGUUCCGGCCGGAAAGAUUUGUUGCAGUACAAGUUUAUCGUUAAUAAAUCGGCUGACAACAGUAAGGACGAAUUACCCGAUCCGGCUGAUGAUCUGAUUUACAACACGGCUGAGCCCAGCAGGCAGAAAACUACCGGUGUAGGAAGUACGUUGCAAGAUGACAGUGAGUGUUGGGAUGAUUUUGCUUACAAGGCAUACAAUCCACUCGAAAACUGUAAAUCCAAAAUGAAAAAUGGAAAUGCGUUCAUCAUACCGAACUCGAAUAGGUUCGCCGGGCAGAUGCAAGAUGCUUCUACUUUAAAAGUAGAACAAGUUCAAGUUGAUCCGGAUGAUUCGGCAACGCAUCAGGUAGCAGAGGCGGAAAGUUCAGAGGAUAAUCGUUAUGAAGAACGACAAUACGGUGAAUUGGAAAGUGGUGAAUCAAGCAGUUAUCGUUCUGUUGAUAGGCAAGAACCGAGUAUAUACGAAAGCGAAAGUGCUGGAUCUGGUUCAAGCAGUAACAAACUUAAAUAUAAAGACAGAGAUCUUGGAGCAAGUUCCAGUUCCAGGCGAUAUGAGAUUCUAGGUGAAACGCGACGCCACAUAAAAACAGAAGAGAGAUCAUAUCGAAGCAGAGAUCGAUCACGGUCGGAUAGUACCAGUAGUAGCGAUCGGAAGAGCCAUUUAUAUGACGGUCAUCCCUAUCACGGAAGUUAUGAUCCUUCCCGUAGCCGCCAUCGUAGGGAUCGGUAUCAGAAAGAUAGAAACAACAGCUACAGAGAAGAAUAUGACAAGCAUACGGAUAGCGACACGAGCGAUGGAUCGUACAAUUCUAGGAAGCAUAAGCUGCAGCCUUACCAGAGAUAUAUGUGA